AUGCCACCCUCCAAUAGCAACGAAACUUACUGUACAUUCACCCUAGCUGGUGAUGUCACCGCUGGUGGCUUGCCUUCGGAAGCCGAGAUUGCGAAGGACUUGGAAAAUUCCGAUGAUAACGUCAAGAAACACGCCUUGAAAGCUGCCAUCAUGGCCAUGCUUGGAGGAGAGGCGAUGCCUCGUAUUUUGAUGCAAGUGAUCCGAUUUUGCAUCAACUCGGAUGACAAGCAAUUGAAGAAACUGUGUAUGCUGUAUUGGGAAGUUGUUCCCAAAUACCAAGACAUGACUAGUGACGAACUUAUGCAAAAAGCAGCGGGGCAACAGGUCUCCCGAAAGCUACUUCCAGAAAUGAUUCUGGUGUGCAAUGCGCUGAUGAACGAUUUGAAUCAUCCCAACGAGUUUGUCCGAGGAAGUAUGCUGCGAUUCUUGUGCAAAAUCACGGACGAGGAAAUCUUGGGACCUCUAAUUCCUUCCAUCAAGGCUUGUCUGACUCAUAGACACGCCUAUGUGCGAAAAAAUGCUGCUUUGACUGUCUUUCACGCCCACAAGCUUCAUGGAGAUCACUUGUUGCCUGAUGGGUCAGAUCUCAUUGCCGAAUUCAUUGCUUCAGAGACAGAUACUGCUUCUCGUCGCAAUGCCUUCUUGAUGCUUCUUCACGAGAACGAGCCACUUGCCUUUGAGUUUUUGGGACAACACAUGGGAGAUGGUAUUUCCAAGUUUGGGGACGGGUUUUCUCUCCUUGUCUUGGAAUUAACUCGUCGUGUUUGCCGAAAGGACCCAACCCAAAAGUCUAGAUUCGUUCGUGUCCUGUUCCACCUUUUGGGAUCGGAAUCUGCUGCUGUCAGUUACGAGGCUUCCUGGACAUUGAUAAGUCUUUCCAAUUCACCUACUGCCGUUCGAGCUGCCGCUGUCACAUACUCCAACCUUUUGAAUGGACAAACCGAUAACAACGUCCAACUUAUUGUCUUGGAUCGUUUGGAGGCCCUUCAAUCGACACACGCAAAGAUUGUGCAAGAGCUUUUGAUGGAUAUCAUGAGAGCACUUUCCAGUCCCAACCCAGACAUUUGCGAAAAGGUUCUCAAGAUUGCAAUGGACAAUGUAAACUCUCGAAACGUGGAAUCCGUCAUCACUGCUUUGAAGAGAGAAUUGCAAAAGGCUCUUGGUGACGAUGAUGAAAAGAGCAUGGCAGUAAGACAUCUAUUGGUCGAUGCCAUUCACGAGUGCGCCAAGAAGUUCCCACAUGUUGCCGAAUCCGUUGUUGGUCUUUUGAUGGAAUUAUUGUCCUCUACCGAGAGAACAUCUUUUCAAGUCGCCAUGUUUGUCCGUGCCAUUAUUCAAGAGCACGCUCCACUUCGUGCAACUCUUCUUCCAAAAUUAGUCGACUCUCUUGGAGACAUUACUUCCCCUCCAGUCAUGUGCAUUGUCUUGUGGAUCUUGGGUGAAUAUACUACACCUGAGAAUGCCCAAGAGACCUUUGAUGAUAUUGUCAAGGAAGUCGGUUCCACGCCAUUCGCUGUUGCCGAGGAACCUAAAGAUACGCCUGCAAGCGAGGAGCCAAAGCUUGUUACCAAAAAUGUGGUCCUUUCGGAUGGAACAUAUGCAACGCAAACUUCCUACUCGUCGCCCAAGCCUGUUGAGAUUAAUGACAAUAUGCCCAAGUUACGCAAGAUGAUUGUUGCCAACGGGGACAUCUUUGUCGCCGAAACCUUGGUCUCCAGUUUGACCAAACUUGUAUUGACUUUCCCUGCUGCUGACAAGGCACGCACUGCAAAAACUGUUUUGAUUCUGUGUGCUGUCACCAAGCUUGCGGAAACGAACCGCGCCCCCAAUGUUGCUCAACGCUCUAGUUAUUCGGACUGCCGGGAACGCUGCUCUCUAUGCUGCAGAAUCUUGUUGGACCCCAAGACAAGAGAUCUAUUGAAGCCCAUCUUGCUCGAGGACGGUAAGAAGCAACUGGGACUCUACUUGUCCAAGGUUGCCGAAUCCGCUCCUAAGAAGACCAAGAAGGAAGACGCAUCCAAGACAGCCGCACAAGCUGACGAUUUGAUCCACUUCCGUCAAUUGAAGAGCAUGACCGUCAGUGGUGGAGAUGUUGAUCUUGAUGACGGUUCGGAUCUUGCUCGGGCCACUGGCUACGACAAGAACACCAGCAUCUGGGACAAGGAUAACUCUCACUGCUACCCGUUGAGUGGUUUCGCAGAUCCUGUCUACGCUGAAGCUAUUGUCACUGUUCAUGAUUACGAUAUCAUAUUGGAGAUUCUUGUCAUCAACCGAACCGCCAACACCCUUGCUGAUUUAACUGUCGAACUCUCCACAAUGGGAGAUAUGAAGAUUGUCGAACGUCCCCAAUCAAAUACCAUCGGCCCAAUGGACCAAAAGACUAUUCGGGCGUCCAUCAAGGUUUCAAGUACGGAAACUGGACACAUCUUCGGGAGUAUCGUCUACAAGGAUAUGGUUUCUCAAGAGCAGAAGUUGAUCCACCUCAAUGAUAUCCACAUGGAUAUCAUGGACUACAUUCGACCUGCUACUUGCAGUGAAGAGCUUUUCCGAAGCAUGUGGGCAGAAUUCGAAUGGGAGAACAAGGUUGCUAUCGCUACCAGUAUUACUUCAUUGAAGGAUUUCUUGGAGCACAUUGUCACAUCCACGAAGAUGAAGUGCCUCACUGCUCCGCCUGGCGAAGGAGACACAUCCACAUUCCUGGCUGCAAAUUUGUAUGCAAGAAGUGUGUUUGGAGAAGACGCCCUUGUUAAUGUUUCUGUUGAAAAGAAGGAGGAUAAUGACGGCAAGCUUGCUGGUUACAUCCGUAUCCGGUCGAAGACCCAAGGAAUUGCCUUGAGUUUGGGAGAUCGGAUCACUUCCGUCCAAAGAGGCAUACCGCAAAAGCAAUAA